AUGAGUUCUGUUUCUGCCUCGUCUUUGCUGUUGCUGUGUCUACUACAUGUACUACCAAUAGCAGAAGUGUUGAGUCAAUCCAACAACAAUGACACUACUACCACUACUAUUGAAGUAGAAUCUGCCUGUGAGUUGUUGGAUCAGUAUGGUUUUUUGACCAGCCAAGAGGAAAUCAACUGCCAAGACGAAGCCAGCAAUAUCGUGGAACAACUAGAAGUGGAGGAAUUUGAACUCUUUCACAACAUUACGUAUCCCGAUGGUGCCACGCUUACAGCGGAAGAGCGACAAGCGCAGUUGGCAGCAUCGGCUCGUGCCAUUGCCGAACUCAAUCCAAUGACGAUCGAUUUCCAGUUGUCACUCAACAAGUAUUCUACAUUGACAAUAGAGGAACGAAAACAACGAAAUGGACUCAAAUUGGGAGAUACUCCAGGACAAGAUGAACAAGACUUGUUGCAUCAGACCAAUGCUGCUUCUACCGCCACAACAGCUUCCAGUAGUACCGGUGAUUCCACAACAGGACCACCAACGGCUACGACUGACUUGCCCGACUCGGUCGAUUGGGAAGCCAACGGCGCCGUCACGUACGUCAAAGAUCAGGGACACUGUGGAUGCUGUUGGGCCAUCACCGCCGCCGCCGCCAUGGAAGGCAUUACGGCCAUUGACACCAACUAUCAAUAUCUACAAAGUCUCUCCUUUCAACAAUUCAUUUCCUGUGAUUCCGGCAACGACGGAUGUUCCGAUGGAUCCAAUACCGCUGCACUCCAAUACGCCACUGGCAGUUCGGCCAAUAGCAUUGGUGGAGUCGAAGCCGACGACACGUAUCCGUACACGGAUUUCGGGGGCACCACCACCACCACGUGUCACGCCAAUGCCACUGGAUUGGCCGUUACGGUAGCAGGAUCGGUCUUGCCCAUUUCCAUUGACAAUACGAAUCAGGGCGAUACUCCCAGAGCCGUCUUGAUGAAACAAGCCGUGGCCAAACAACCCGUCGCCAUUGCCAUGAAUGCCCAAUGCGAUAUCAUUACCCAUUAUCAUUCCGGAGUACUCACCAUGGACACGGGAUGUGCCUGCGACGAAAGUAACAUUUCGUCCUGUUUGGAUCAUGCCAUACUCAUGGUCGGAUACAAUGACACGGCUCCUAUACCCUACUUUCGCAUCAAAAACUCGUGGGGAACCGACUGGGGUGAGGCGGGAUACUUUCGAGUCGCACAGCAAGGAGGGGGACCCUUUGGAUUCUUUGGAAUACUGGCGCAGGCCGUGGCACCCAAGUCCGGGAUCAAUGUUACGAAUCAAGUAUUGCCAGAACCCGCAGUUGACGCGGCCGAUGAGGGUCUUGGUAGCGACGGCAGCAGCAGCAGCAGCAGCAGCAGCAGUAGUGGUACUACUAGGAGGAGUAUGUCCCUGGCAGCGCUGGCAAUACUGUGGUGGUGGGUGCUGUAA